UCUCACAGUUGCCUUGCAAACUGUGAUCAUUUAUUCAUGGAUAACAAUAGAAAUCUCUUUAUAGAUGGUAUGUAUGCUUGUGUGUGUGUAUAUAUACAUUUGAUUUAAUUGAUGCUUAGAGAAUGCUAUAAAUCUUUACCAAAUUGCGCAUCAAAUGUAUGUCAAUAGAGCAUAAUUUGUCCUCGUUUAUUAAACUUAAACUGAAUUAUUUUAAUUUUUUAGAGACACAUUUGCAUAAGACAGAUUGCAACACUGCCAUUCAAAUAGAUACUGCUAAUAAAGAAAAUAUUGCUCAGAAUUUUGAAAGCACUGCCCACAAUAAUUUAAUAGAAAACAUAGACGAAGAUUUAAUAGCUACAGUAAAAGAGAGACCAGCCCUGUAUGACUAUCGAAUACCCGUAAAGGAACGAGGAAGGAAACAGAAAAACCAUUUGUGGCAGGAAGUCAGCGACUGUUUAAAAGGUUUCUAUUCUGCUGCAGAAGCAGAAAAAAAAGGGCUCUAUUUAAAAGACUGUAACAGAAAAGCCAGAAAUACAAUAAAAAAGAAAGAGAGCUUUGUACAAAAAAGUGGGGCAGCUGAUUUACCUAAAACUUAUGAAAUUAAACCGUCCUUUCGUCAUUACAACGCCAUGACCUUUUUAAAUGAUACAUUGGAAUAUCGACAAACCGUUACAUCCUUGAAAAAAUCAGUAGUUGAAAAUCAAGUUUCCAAUAUUCCUUCUACAUCAAAUGCUACAUCAAAUGACAACUUUGACAAUUUUGACGACAAUGGCACUCUUAUCUCCGAUGAUAAUUACACAUCAAUAUCUAGCGUCUCUCCAACAGCAUCUACAUCAAAAAAGAAAAAAAGGAUUAAUGCAGAAGACUACGAAGAAGCUCUUCUUCAUUCUUUGACAAAACCUUGUGAGCCAAAUCCUAUUGACGGAUUUGUAUCACGGUUGGUGUACACAUGUGAGACAGCGUUUGUAACAUAUGUUAUGUAUUUAUAUAUUAUUACUUACCAAUGACGACAUGCUCCUUG